GAUGCAGUCAGCCCAACCAGCCAGCCAUCGUCCUCUCUGCAUAAUAGAACCUCCCAUCUAAUUUUGAUUUCGUUUCCCGAGUGAAUACAAACUACAAAGCUCCAAGGAUUCCUUUUUAGAAUUUACCUGCGAGGAGGAGGAAACGACAUGCCAGCCAUCCGCCCCAUCGACCCAGACGGCGACUCGCGCGUCGAGCACAAGACCGCCGUGCUAAAUGGGAACACGUAUCAUUUCCUGUACGGCGUGCCGCCGGGUGGGACGUUUCAUGCGACCGUAUUUCUGAUUCACGGAUGGCCCGAUUUGAGUAUGGGAUGGCGGUAUCAGAUUCCCAUGUUGUUGGAUAUGGGGUUUAGGGUUGUGGCGCCGGAUAUGUUGGGGUAUGGAGGCACGGACGCACCCAAAUCUCCGCCGGAGCCUAUCAGUACAUACGGCCUGAAACGGGCAUCCGACGACAUUGCAGCGCUGGCUAAACACAUAGGCGCAAAGCAGAUCGUGCUUGGAGGCCACGACUGGGGAGGUUCCGUCGUCUGGCGUGCUGCUGCGUGGUACCCUGACUUGAUCACUCAUGUCUUCUCCGUUUGUACCCCGUACACACCACCGCACCGCAAGUACUUCUCGCUUGAGCAGCUCGUCGCUGGUGAAUUGCCACAGUUCCAGUACCAGAUCCAUCUGGCUUCGGGUGAAGUGGAAAAGGCCGUCAAGGACGAAGCAUCUAUUCGAGCGUUCCUCAAGGGCUUGUAUGGUGCCAAGGGUCCUAAUGGCGAGCUGGCUUUCGAUCCGGAGAAGGGUAUCUUGGUCGAGAAUCUUUUCAAGAUUGGUGAGAGCAGGCUCUUGAACGGAAAGAUGCUUGACUACUACGUCAGGGAGUUCUCCCGCCACGGCAUCCAUCCUACCUUGAAUUGGUACCGGACAAGGAGAGCCAAUUGGGAGGAUGAUCUUGCACUUCUGGACAAGAAGGUCAUCAAGAUCCCCGUCCUGUUUAUCCAGGCCACUUACGAUAAUGUUUUGAAGCCCGAAAUGGCAAAAAACAUGGACGCUCUGCUACCAAAUCUUACCAGAGGGGAGGUACCGGCUACGCACUGGGCCUUGACGCAGAAGCCAGAUGAGACCAAUGCUAUCAUCAAGAAGUGGCUUGUCAACCAGGGGUUUGGAACCAGGAGCUCGUUGUAGCAGUUUGAUAAUGCAAUACAAGCGGUCA